AUGCUCGCCGCUGCGGCAGCGCUCACCUUCUAUGUCAACUUUGCGCUGCAGCUGUCGGGCGAGCUCGUCAUACUCGCACUGCCUUUUCUCAUGCUCAGGCAUGUCAGGCUCGAGACCGAAGACAAGGUCGGCGUCUAUGCGACUUUUGCCGCCGGCCUGGCUAUCACCGGCUUCGACAUCACCAGGGCCGUCUUGAUAUUGAAGCUACCGGGGAUCUCGGAGCAGGGGAAUGCGAGGGUCCCUUACCCAAUGCUGUACUCCAGCCUUGACAUACACAUGGGCCUUUUCGUGGGCUGCAUGUCUUCGCUCCGUCCCUAUCUGGCCAUCCUUUCGCGCAAGCUCGCUUCAAUGCGCUCAAAGUCGGGCACCAGCAGGUCCAACGAUAGCGGCUCCGGGAGCAGCAGCAGCAAGCCACAUCACCUCCCCGGGACUCGACAACUUUGA